AUGUUGGACGAGGGUCGGCCGCCGGACGCCUCGAUCAUUUCCGCCUUUUUUUCUUCUUCUGUUCCUUUCAGUUUGGUUAAGCUUAACAAGAAGCUUCCUCGUGUGACAGAACGGUUGUUUUUUUGUAUUAUUAAAAUCUUCCUUUUCAGGUUUAGUGUUGCCUUGUAGUAGAGAUUCAAUUGAUGAAAAUGCUAAUUUGUGGUAUUCACUUACUUUUGGUUUCCAGAAUCCUUAACCUUCUAGCAGAGAUGGUCAAUAUUUCUAUGCCAAUCAAGUGAAUUUUCUUUCUCUCAUCUUAAACCUUUUCCAACCAAAAACGAACAUUUUUCCUUGUCCCUUUUUACAGCCUUUUUGCGCUAUUUGAUCGGCUAUUAUGCACCAUUUUUUCUGCCUCUCCCUUUUUCCACUAUCCCUUGCGCCCCAGAAAAAAUGGAAGGCUCAGUAAAAGGACUUAUUUUCCUGCCUUUUUGCGGCCUUUUUUGAGCCUCUCCCUUUAAGCGGCCAUUAUCCACCAUUCCGACUGCCCGAGUAUCAAAAAGAAGGUAAUGAAUUUGAUUUUGCAAAAAUGCGAUCGGUUCAUCAAAACAUAUACUUAUUCAGUGAAUCACCUUGAUUUCAUAAUCUUCACCUGACAGUUCUGAAUAGUGAGAGGAAAUCCAAACUUCAUAUCUAUUGAUUUUCAAAGCUUCAAGACAUAAUAAUCGGAAAAUAGAUAACCGGGUCCCAUUCAAAGUUCCUCUCAUGUUCAGCAGAAUUUUUUUCCCGAGAAAAAAAAUCUCUGGCCGCUGUCCACUCCUUCGUACCACUCGGUAAAAGUGUUUGCACAAUCCGAGUUUACGCUACCUCUUUCUCUCCCCUCUCUUUCCUCAUUCGGCUCGAUUUCUUUCGACUUUCUUUGUUAUUAUGACGGGAGCAAGUAUCGACCGAAAUCGGUCACUUUACAAAGUCGGCCAUUUUUUCAAUAGUAAUCAUGAACUAUCUGCACUCGUUGGGGAGCCAAAAAAGCGGGUUAUAUUCAUUUCCAUUCACCUCGUUUUUUGUGUGCCAUCUUCCGAUUUGUCCCGGCUUAUUUGUGAUUGAAAUAUAUAAUUCUCAUAAAAUCUGUUGGAAACUAGAAUGAAACCCUGGUAGUCUCAAUCUGCACAGAUAUAGUUUUUUUUUAAAUAGAGGCUCACCGUUUAUAAGCAAAGUCAGAAAAACCCGUUACGGGCCCUUUAAGCGCCCGUUACAGGUGCAAAAAGUUUCCAUUUAUUGUUCCUAAACGGGUGGCAACGGUUCCCUUUUUAAUGCCUUUUUCUGUCCUUUCAUCGACCUUUAUCAACCUUUUUUUGGACCCUAUUAAAAAAAGAAAAGGAAAAACUUUUUUUAAUUGAGAAUAAUCUUUGCCAGUGACUUUGUGUGAACCAAAAAUGUGUUACAGUAAUAAAAAGGCGGCAAAACGGAACCCUUUUUGCGGCCGUUUUGCAGCGGCAGUUUUCAGGGCUUUUCGAAAAUUUGAAGCAAAUUUUCAAAUAAACAUCAGUUACUGUAUUAACAGUCGGAGCGUUUGGAUUUGUUAAAAAUUUUCAAAAAAAUUUCAGUCGAAAAUUCAGAAAAAGUAAAAGUCAUUUCUGGAAAGGGCAUUUAGAAUUUAAAAAAAUUUCUUUUUCUCAAUCUUUGGUCUCUUUGAACCAUCUGCUUUAUAACUAUAUGCUCUUAUCCUAAUAUAUAUAUAAUUUCAAUCGGCAAUUUUGUCAAAAAUGAUAGUGUAUAAGUCCGGUGAAAACUUUGUUCCAAAGUAUAAAUUAACUUCCACUUCCUUAUUAUCCGCCUACACUUUUCAGACACGCCCGGUUCAAUGAAAGCAGCCUUUUCUAUCUUCAUUUUCUUUUGAGAACUUGGAAACCUCACAAAAACCUUCUAUAUCAUCUACCGCUACCUAUCUCACCCGAAGAGAUUUUUCUAUCAAUUCAAGUUCAAAAUGACCUUUUUAUUUUUUUACUUCUGAUGGAAGAUACCCUGCCCUUCUGAACCGGAUAAACUCCGAGUAUUUCAGUAUCAAAGACCGAAAAGCUCCUUAUUUGACUUUCUCCCGUCCAUUUUCAACAGUCACUCUUCAUCUCGACAAAAGAUCCACUCGAAUCUCCUCACGGCUCGAUUUCUCAUCAAUUCCUUCCUUUUCAGCCAAGACUAUGCGAUAAUGAGCGAUCAGUUGGCCCAACUCGUGCGCGAUUGCGCCGCCCGAGUGCCCAACUUCCAGAUAGACGACGUCGUUCAGCGACAGUCGCGAUGGGAUAAUGUUCGUUUUUUAUUCGAAAGUUCUGUUUCAAAUUGAAAUAAUCUCAAGCUUACUUAGGAGCUUCCGAGUAGAGGGUCCCCUCUAGAGACCACUUUACCAACCCCUAUAGGGGCCAUCUAUAGUCUGUAGGGACCACCUUAAUUUUACUCCUAGAGGGACCACUUUUUCGGGCCCUAUAGGGGCUGUUUAUUAUUCUAACACCUAUGGGUACCACUCUGGAAUUCCUAAGUAAUGAAAAUAGGAAAACUAGUGAAAGUUUAACCUUCCGAACCAAAAAAACCUUUUUUUUUUGAGUUAUUUUUUCUUUUCCCAACUUUGAUCGCGUCCACAGGUUCCUCUUUCCAGGCCUCAUCGACAAUUCUCAGAAUGGCACCGGCCUUCUCGAUAAUCGCCUUCGUCUUCUGCAUAAUUCUCCUUGGCGCCAUCAUAUUCGCCCUUUUACGGCGAAGAAUUCCAUCGAGAAAGUACAGGUACUGUCUGAUAGUUAUGGAAGAAAAUGAGGUUCAUUCCUUUUUGCCGUUACUUCAGGACAUAUCUCGCUUCUGAAGCUUUCUCAAGAAUCUGGUAUAGUCUGUGUGCCACGACUUGAAAUUUCACGGAACGACAUUCCGCUGUUCCGCUGCGUGCGUUCGCGAAGCGUCUUUCGAAUCUAGGUCACGCUUUCGAUUGAUUGUUGUUGCUGAGGGAGCACAUGACUUUAAUAAAAGACAAGGUUCGCAAAGGCGCGCAGCGGAACCGCGGAAUGUCGUUUGGUGAAAUUCCAAGUCGUGGUAUAGUCUGCUUGAAGUUUCACGGAACGACAUUCCGCUGUUCCGCUGCGUGCGUUCGCGAAGCGUCUUUUGAAUCUAGGUCUCGCUUUCGAUUGAUUGUUGUUGCUGUGGGAGCACAUGACCUUAAUAAAAGACAAGGUUCGCAAAGGCGCGCAGCGGAACCGCGGAAUGUCGUUUGGUGAAAUUCCAAGUCGUGGUACAGUCUGCUUGAAGUUUCACGGAACGACAUUCCGCUGUGCGCCUUUGCGAAUCUUGGUCGCGCUUGGGCUCUCUACUUUCAUGUGCUACCACAGCAAUAACAAUCAAUUGGAAGCGUGACCUAGAUCCGAAAGACGCUUCGCGAACGCACGCAGCGGAACAGCGGAAUGUCGUUCCGUAAAAUUCCAAGUCUUGACACAGACUAUACACAGGCUAUACUUUUAUAGUUAAUCGAACUUUUCCAGUUUUGUGAUAUCUCGAACGGCGGCCGACAUCUUCUCAUCAGCUUUGAUCGCCUCGGCAACUCUGUUGGCCAACAAAUGGUCAGCUUCAUACGCUGUCAUGGCCUUGUUCUUGUACGUCGCCACGUUCGGUUUGGUUCAAUCCACGCUGUCUCAUUUGGCAAUCAUCGUUCUUCGGCAUGUGAGUUUUUAUGUGUGUUGUUAGUGUACUACUUUGUUAGUGUAACGGUUCGGUGGGCUUUUCUAGCCCCCAUGAGUUUUUUUUUUCCGAAGAUGGUGAUUUUUAAGCAUCCAGUGGAUUCAGUCUCAUUCAGAAGCUCUUAUGUGGUUCCCCUGACAACAUCUUCCGCUAGAAAGCCCACUAAAAAUUUCAGAUAAGUGUGACCCGUCCGUACGGUUUCCAGUCGAUGUGCAGCAUCAGACGGCUCUCCAUGGCGAUCGCCUUCACCUGGUGUAUCAGCAUUCUCUAUGCUGCCGCCUUUGCGCCCCUCGCCACAGCCAUUAUCGACCCGUCCAAGACUGAUAAUGGUACGGUUUCUUGGAACGUAUUCUUGGCGUUGUUUGAUGCGGAAAUUAAACUGUCACUUUUCCGAAAAUAUACUUGUGUGGUGGAAGAAUCGCAGAAAAAAGCUAUCAGGGCCUUUUAUUUUAUUUCCUUGACUAGUCUUGGGGGGGAGCAGCUUCAUCCUUUCACGAACCGUGAGCUCUUCAAGGCGCAACCGAUUGAACUAAGAACAGUAGACCGAGGAGAAGGACUGUAAGACUAUGCUUUCCACUUGAUCAACUACACGUUCGAACUUCUAGUUCGUUCCGAAGACGAUUAUUCAAAAAUGGAGGAGGGGGGAACAGAUUUAUUAUCUCCUGAGUUCUGAACUCUUCAAGGCGCAACCGAAUGAAAUAAGAACAGUAGACCGAGGAGAAGGACUGUAAGACCAUGCUUUCCACUUGAUCAACUACACGUUCGAACUUCUAGUUCGUUCCGAAGACGAUUAUUCAAAAAUGGAGGAGGGGGAACAGAUUUAUUAUCUCCUGAGUUCUGAACUCUUCAAGGCGCAACCGAAUGAAAUAAGAACAGUAGACCGAGGAGAAGGACUGUAAGACCAUGCUUGCAACUUGAUCAACUACACGUUCGAACUUCUAGUUCGUUCCGAAGACGAUUAUUCAAAAUGGAGGAGGGGGGGAACAGAUUUAUUAUCUCCUGAGUUCUGAACUCUUCAAGGCGCAACCGAAUGAAAUAAGAACAGUAGACCGAGGAGAAGGACUGUAAGACCAUGCUUGCAACUUGAUCAACUACACGUUCGAACUUCUAGUUCGUUCCGAAGACGAUUAUUCAAAGAUGGAGGAGGGGGGGAACAGAUUUAUUAUCUCCUGAGUUCUGAACUCUUCAAGGCGCAACCGAAUGAAAUAAGAACAGUAGACCGAGGAGAAGGACUGUAAGACCAUGCUUGCAACUUGAUCAACUACACGUUCGAACUUCUAGUUCGUUCCGAAGACGAUUAUUCAAAAAUGGAGGAGGGGGGAACAGAUUUAUUAUCUCCUGAGUUCUGAACUCUUCAAGGCGCAAACUGAAUGAAAUAAGAACAGUAGACCGAGGAGAAGGACUGUAAGACCAUGCUUGCAACUUGAUCAACUACACGUUCGAACUUCUAGUUCGUUCCGAAGACGAUUAUUCAAAAUGGAGGAGGGGGGGAACAGAUUUAUUAUCUCCUGAGUUCUGAACUCUUCAAGGCGCAACCGAAUGAAAUAAGAACAGUAGACCGAGGAGAAGGACUGUAAGACCAUGCUUUGCAACUUGAUCAACUACACGUUCGAACUUCUAGUUCGUUCCGAAGACGAUUAUUCAAAAUGGAGGAGGGGGGGGGGAACAGAUUUAUUAUCUCCUGAGUUCUGAACUCUUCAAGGCGCAACCGAAUGAAAUAAGAACAGUAGACCGAGGAGAAGGACUGUAAGACCAUGCUUUCCACUUGAUCAACUACACGUUCGAACUUCUAGUUCGUUCCGAAGACGAUUAUUCAAAAAUGGAGGAGGGGGGAACAGAUUUAUUAUCUCCUGAGUUCUGAACUCUUCAAGGCGCAACUGAAUGAAAUAAGAACAGUAGACCGAGGAGAAGGACUGUAAGACCAUGCUUUCCACUUGAUCAACUACACGUUCGAACUUCUAGUUCGUUCCGAAGACGAUUAUUCAAAAAUGGAGGAGGGGGGAACAGAUUUAUUAUCUCCUGAGUUCUGAACUCUUCAAGGCGCAACCGAAUGAAAUAAGAACAGUAGACCGAGGAGAAGGACUGUAAGACCAUGCUUGCAACUUGAUCAACUACACGUUCGAACUUCUAGUUCGUUCCGAAGACGAUUAUUCAAAAAUGGAGGAGGGGGGAACAGAUUUAUUAUCUCCUGAGUUCUGAACUCUUCAAGGCGCAACCGAAUGAAAUAAGAACAGUAGACCGAGGAGAAGGACUAAGACCAUGCUUGCAACUUGAUCAACUACACGUUCGAACUUCUAGUUCGUUCCGAAGACGAUUAUUCAAAAAUGGAGGAGGGGGGAACAGAUUUAUUAUCUCCUGAGUUCUGAACUCUUCAAGGCGCAACCGAAUGAAAUAAGAACAGUAGACCGAGGAGAAGGACUGUAAGACCAUGCUUGCAACUUGAUCAACUACACGUUCGAACUUCUAGUUCGUUCCGAAGACGAUUAUUCAAGAUGGAGGAGGGGGGAACAGAUUUAUUAUCUCCUGAGUUCUGAACUCUUCAAGGCGCAACCGAAUGAAAUAAGAACAGUAGACCGAGGAGAAGGACUGUAAGACCAUGCUUUCCACUUGAUCAACUACACGUUCGAACUUCUAGUUCGUUCCGAAGACGAUUAUUCAAAAUGGAGGAGGGGGGGGGGGGGAACAGAUUUAUUAUCUCCUGAGUUCUGAACUCUUCAAGGCGCAACCGAAUGAAAUAAGAACAGUAGACCGAGGAGAAGGACUGUAAGACCAUGCUUGCAACUUGAUCAACUACACGUUCGAACUUCUAGUUCGUUCCGAAGACGAUUAUUCAAAAAUGGAGGGGGGGAAACAGAUUUAUUAUCUCCUGAGUUCUGAACUCUUCAAGGCGCAACCGAAUGAAAUAAGAACAGUAGACCGAGGAGAAGGACUGUAAGACCAUGCUUGCAACUUGAUCAACUACACGUUCGAACUUCUAGUUCGUUCCGAAGACGAUUAUUCAAAAAUGGAGGAGAGGGGGGAAAAAGAUUUAUUAUCUCCUGAGUUCUGAACUCUUCAAGGCGCAACCGAAUGAAAUAAGAACAGUAGACCGAGGAGAAGGACUGUAAGACCAUGCUUGCAACUUGAUCAACUACACGUUCGAACUUCUAGUUCGUUCCGAAGACGAUUAUUCAAAAUGGAGGAGGGGGAAACAGAUUUAUUAUCUCCUGAGUUCUGAACUCUUCAAGGCGCAACCGAAUGAAAUAAGAACAGUAGACCGAGGAGAAGGACUGUAAGACCAUGCUUUCCACUUGAUCAACUACACGUUCGAACUUCUAGUUCGUUCCGAAGACGAUUAUUCAAAAUGGAGGAGAGGGGGGAAAGAUUUAUUAUCUCCUGAGUUCUGAACUCUUCAAGGCGCAACCGAAUGAAAUAAGAACAGUAGACCGAGGAGAAGGACUGUAAGACCAUGCUUGCAACUUGAUCAACUACACGUUCGAACUUCUAGUUCGUUCCGAAGACGAUUAUUCAAAAAUGGAGGAGAGGGGGGAACAGAUUUAUUAUCUCCUGAGUUCUGAACUCUUCAAGGCGCAACCGAAUGAAAUAAGAACAGUAGACCGAGGAGAAGGACUGUAAGACCAUGCUUUCCACUUGAUCAACUACACGUUCGAACUUCUAGUUCGUUCCGAAGACGAUUAUUCAAAAAUGGAGGAGAGGGGGAAAAGAUUUAUUAUCUCCUGAGUUCUGAACUCUUCAAGGCGCAACCGAAUGAAAUAAGAACAGUAGACCGAGGAGAAGGACUGUAAGACCAUGCUUGCAACUUGAUCAACUACACGUUCGAACUUCUAGUUCGUUCCGAAGACGAUUAUUCAAAAAUGGAGGAGAGGGGGGAACAGAUUUAUUAUCUCCUGAGUUCUGAACUCUUCAAGGCGCAACCGAAUGAAAUAAGAACAGUAGACCGAGGAGAAGGACUGUAAGACCAUGCUUUCCACUUGAUCAACUACACGUUCGAACUUCUAGUUCGUUCCGAAGACGAUUAUUCAAAAAUGGAGGAGGGGGGGAACAGAUUUAUUAUCUCCUGAGUUCUGAACUCUUCAAGGCGCAACCGAAUGAAAUAAGAACAGUAGACCGAGGAGAAGGACUGUAAGACCAUGCUUGCAACUUGAUCAACUACACGUUCGAACUUCUAGUUCGUUCCGAAGACGAUUAUUCAAAAAUGGAGGAGAGGGGGGAACAGAUUUAUUAUCUCCUGAGUUCUGAACUCUUCAAGGCGCAACCGAAUGAAAUAAGAACAGUAGACCGAGGAGAAGGACUGUAAGACCAUGCUUGCAACUUGAUCAACUACACGUUCGAACUUCUAGUUCGUUCCGAAGACGAUUAUUCAAAAUGGAGGAGAGGGGGGGAACAGAUUUAUUAUCUCCUGAGUUCUGAACUCUUCAAGGCGCAACCGAAUGAAAUAAGAACAGUAGACCGAGGAGAAGGACUGUAAGACCAUGCUUUCCACUUGAUCAACUACACGUUCGAACUUCUAGUUCGUUCCGAAGACGAUUAUUCAAAAUGGAGGAGGGGGGAACAGAUUUAUUAUCUCCUGAGUUCUGAACUCUUCAAGGCGCAACCGAAUGAAAUAAGAACAGUAGACCGAGGAGAAGGACUGUAAGACCAUGCUUGCAACUUGAUCAACUACACGUUCGAACUUCUAGUUCGUUCCGAAGACGAUUAUUCAAAAAUGGAGGAGGGGGGAACAGAUUUAUUAUCUCCUGAGUUCUGAACUCUUCAAGGCGCAACCGAAUGAAAUAAGAACAGUAGACCGAGGAGAAGGACUGUAAGACCAUGCUUUCCACUUGAUCAACUACACGUUCGAACUUCUAGUUCGUUCCGAAGACGAUUAUUCAAAAUGGAGGAGGGGGGGAACAGAUUUAUUAUCUCCUGAGUUCUGAACUCUUCAAGGCGCAACCGAAUGAAAUAAGAACAGUAGACCGAGGAGAAGGACUGUAAGACCAUGCUUGCAACUUGAUCAACUACACGUUCGAACUUCUAGUUCGUUCCGAAGACGAUUAUUCAAAAAUGGAGGAGGGGGGGAACAGAUUUAUUAUCUCCUGAGUUCUGAACUCUUCAAGGCGCAACCGAAUGAAAUAAGAACAGUAGACCGAGGAGAAGGACUGUAAGACCAUGCUUUCCACUUGAUCAACUACACGUUCGAACUUCUAGUUCGUUCCGAAGACGAUUAUUCAAAAAUGGAGGAGGGGGGAACAGAUUUAUUAUCUCCUGAGUUCUGAACUCUUCAAGGCGCAACCGAAUGAAAUAAGAACAGUAGACCGAGGAGAAGGACUGUAAGACCAUGCUUGCAACUUGAUCAACUACACGUUCGAACUUCUAGUUCGUUCCGAAGACGAUUAUUCAAAAAUGGAGGAGGGGGGGAACAGAUUUAUUAUCUCCUGAGUUCUGAACUCUUCAAGGCGCAACCGAAUGAAAUAAGAACAGUAGACCGAGGAGAAGGACUGUAAGACCAUGCUUUCCACUUGAUCAACUACACGUUCGAACUUCUAGUUCGUUCCGAAGACGAUUAUUCAAAAUGGAGGAGGGGGGAACAGAUUUAUUAUCUCCUGAGUUCUGAACUCUUCAAGGCGCAACCGAAUGAAAUAAGAACAGUAGACCGAGGAGAAGGACUGUAAGACCAUGCUUGCAACUUGAUCAACUACACGUUCGAACUUCUAGUUCGUUCCGAAGACGAUUAUUCAAAAAUGGAGGAGGGGGAACAGAUUUAUUAUCUCCUGAGUUCUGAACUCUUCAAGGCGCAACCGAAUUAAAUAAGAACAGUAGACCGAGGAGAAGGACUGUAAGACCAUGCUUGCAACUUGAUCAACUACACGUUCGAACUUCUAGUUCGUUCCGAAGACGAUUAUUCAAAAAUGGAGGAGGGGGGGGGGAACAGAUUUAUUAUCUCCUGAGUUCUGAACUCUUCAAGGCGCAACCGAAUGAAAUAAGAACAGUAGACCGAGGAGAAGGACUGUAAGACCAUGCUUGCAACUUGAUCAACUACACGUUCGAACUUCUAGUUCGUUCCGAAGACGAUUAUUCAAAAAUGGAGGAGGGGGGGAACAGAUUUAUUAUCUCCUGAGUUCUGAACUCUUCAAGGCGCAACCGAAUGAAAUAAGAACAGUAGACCGAGGAGAAGGACUGUAAGACCAUGCUUUCCACUUGAUCAACUACACGUUUGGACUUUUAGUUUGCCGAAGGCCACCCAGUCGAUUACAUCUAUGAGAAAAACAAAAAAAAAUCGAUUUUUUUAAAAAGAAGCUCAUAUCUCCCUUCAUACUGCCCACAAGCUUACACCAUUUCCAUUUUCUAUCUUUCAGUAUGUUCCUACUCCAACUGCCAACGGCCACUGAUCAUCACCGCAAUCUGCAUCAUAGCCAUCUCCAUGUCAACCGUUGUUGUGUGCUACGGCUUCGUCGUGGCCAAACUCCGGCAGAUCUCCUACAGUGAAAGGUUGCCAUUCUUAAAAUAAAUUUUUCCAAGUCUGGUUAACCACCGUGAACAUAGGGAAAAUGAUCAAAAAUUCAAAAUUUGGCCAGAAAAAAUUCUACACCUCCAGAAAGGCACAACUUUCCUAAACGGGUUAGGGAAGCUCUUUGGGGGGCAGAAAAAGUGGUUCCUAUUUGGGGUAAAAUCAAGGUGGUCCCUAUAGGGGUUCAGGGUCUGACCCAUUAGCCCCUAAAGCUUAAGUGGUCCCUAUGGGGAUCUUCCAAUUUCAUUUAGAAAAUUUUUUUUUAAUUUUUUCAUGCUUCUUUCCAUGCCAUCCUAGCUGCAGUGGCCCCUAUAGAGCUUGCUGAAGUAGUUCUUAGAGGGAACCCUUCAAGAGUCCGUAAGGUUGCCUCUAUAGGGACCACUCUGGAGAUCCUAAGGUGGUUCUGUUGUUGUUUUCCCUUCUGAUAUCUACUACUUUAAAAAUUUAAAGAACUGCCCGAAGUUCUAAUCCUUCAAGGACCUACAAAUCUAAAAAAAAGCACACCUCCUUCAAAUCUUUCAAACUUCAGAAUGCACAACGAGCCAAAUGUGACCCGUCGAAAAUUGUUCAAAUUCCUGGGCUACGGUGGCCACGUGGCACUGUACCUUUUCAUCACGGCUUUGGUACUUUCCGGCGCCAUCAUCAUCGCCCAUAACUUGUUCAUCUACAACAACGUCCGCGCCAUGGUUCAGCGCAAUUGCGACGUUCUCGAUGUGGGUUUUUUUCAAUAUUUAUUUCAUCCUAUAUACUCAAAAUUUUGAAUUUAAUAGUUCUAUCCGUUUUUAUCACAUUUCUGAAACAUUUCCAUUCUAAUCUUUUACCUCUAAUUUUUCCAGUACAUCGACACGAUAAUCCGACUGGAAACUUUGGCGGGCGGCGCCGUUCUUCUUUGGACCGUCCGCAUCAUUUUCGACGUCGUCAUCGUUUUCGCCACAGAAUAUCCUCAACUGGUCCCUUGGCUCGUCGUCGACAACCUCGAGCCCUUGAGAAAUAACCAAGUGAGUUUUUUUUCCAGUUUAAGCUGAUUUUUUACUUUUUCAAAAUACUUGCAAAAUUUUUAGUGGCCACUAAAAGGUUUUGAAGUUUUAGUGGCCACUGGUCAGUAGACAAAUUAGUGGCCACUUAAGGGGUUAAAAUUAGUGGCCACUAUAGAGGUCUCAGUGCUACUACAAGACCACAAAAAUUUUUAGUGGCCACUUAAGGGGUCAAUGGAUCAACAUGUCCUUUCCAAGUAGUCCUUGGCGAGCCUUUUUUUUUUUAAAUUUUCCCAGUAUAGCUGAUUUACGGCUAAAUUCGGACGCUAAGAGGCGUGGCCUGUCUGUGCCCUCCACCAACCCCACAAUGUCUCCUGUUUUAUCGUGUCAGGACCCAUUUUUCGGCCAAGCUAGCCAUGAAUCAGCUGUAGAAGCUCCGAAAUUUUGGAACUUGAUUCAAAAUUUUGCUUGAUAGACUCAAAAUUUUCUGUAUCACAAUAAUAAAGAUACGCGAAAAAGUCUCUAAUCUUCAAUUUUUUUAAAAAUUUCUUGAUUAUAAAAAAAUUUCAAAGAAAAACUGGAGAAAAGUCCUUUUUUUUCCAGUAAGUAAAAAUUGACCUACCUAAGAGCCUUGGAUUUUUUUCCAAAAAAAGACCAAAAAAAGAGAUUUAAAAAAACCUAUUACUUUUUCAAAAACAAAAAAAUUAUAAUUUAACGGAAAAAAAUUGUUUCAACAGAAACAAAAAUAUCAAUAUUCUCAGUCAGAAAAACCCUAAAAUACCUAAUAAUUGUUAUAACUUCGAGGAAAUUCUUUUUAAGACACGUUUAAAAAAAUGAGAUUUUUUUAUCAGCUGAAAAUACGAUUUUUUUCAAGAAACGAAUGGGAUAAGCUCUUAAAAAUUAGAUAUAUAUUCCAGAACAGAAAAAGUCUAAUUUUUUUGAAAAAAACCAGUAAUUUUCAGAUAAUGCCGGUCCGACACGGGUUAACCUGGCAGAAAGGCUGCGUCAACUGCCCCGUUUUCAGCAUCGAGAAUCGACUUCACCGUUAUGAUAUGAAAAACUGA